CCCGUAUUUUGAGGAUUGCAGAUACGGUACCCCAAAACCAGCGUCACGGUUACACAUUUCCAGUGUUUCGACUAUCGGAAAACGUUGACUCUGCCUUUUUUUCUCUCUAAAAACAGCCCGUCUUUCAAAGGCGUUUGAAAUCGGACACCGCUGGCGUUAAGGCCGUCACGUUUGUGCGGAGGGAUACGUUGUUGCGUCUGACAAUGUGGACGGAGGUGGUGAAGAUGUCUACGAGAAGAAUGAAAUCAUCUCAGUUGUAACAACAAAAAAGGAAGACGUGAGAUUAGUUACUAUAAUAGAUUUGUUUGCACACAGACUUGUUACAUUGAAGCAAACACGUGGGCGCUGUGUGGAAAAAGCAGGCUUCCCGGGACAAAAGGAAGACAUCUACUGUGCUCCAAUGCGUUUCAUGCACUGAGGUCGAAAUACUCUUGAAGUUUUAUGUUUUUCCCCUUGCGAGUCUCCGCUUUUCUUUUUACUCUUGGAUAUCAGACACUUGGGGAGGAGAGGGUUUAUUAGAAACUGAAGGGUAUGAACGAACAGCAGCAAAGAAUGGCUGCAGUGGAAACUGACAAGGAACUCAGCGACCUCCUGGAUUUCAGCGCGAUGUUCGCGCCUCCAGUAGCCAAUGGGAAAAACAGAACAAUGACGCUCGCCAGCUCUCAGUUUGGUGGCUCAGCGAUAGAUGAGCGUAGCGGCUCCGGGUCUUGGGCCUCCGGAGAACAGAACAGCCCCUCAUUCCCCCAAGGACGGGGUUAUGAAGGAUCCCACUAUAGUGAGCAUGAAGCCUUGUCCUCUCCAUUCAUCAGUUCAGGGAUUGCUGGUAAAAAUGAGAGACCACCAUAUCCUCCGUUUGGAAGCCAGCCUGGUUUUCUUCCUAGCGACAUAGCGAUGCCCAGCCCAGAUCCCAUGUCACCCUCUGGUCUGAAGUCUGGCUCUCAGUUUUAUCCUUCAUACCCUAACAACCCCAGGAGAAGGCCGCCUGAAGGAGCCAUAGACACCCAGCCAAAGAAGAUUCGGAAACCCCCUGGCCUGCCGUCCUCGGUGUAUGCUUCUACCUCUGGUGACGAGUAUACCAGGGAAAAUGGGGGAUACCCUAGUGCAAAGCCUGGAGUCUACCCCGGCUCUUUUUACAUGCAAGACGACCCAUGGUCAUCUUCUGGCUACUCUGCCAUGCUGGGUAAUUCCCCUCAUAUUGGACAACCAGGCUCCUUCUCUGCAAUUAAUCCACAGGACAGGAUGAACUAUCCUCUGCACGGCAGCGAAGUCAACGGCUUCCACUCGGCCCCAACCACCUACAACCACACACCCACCAUCAACGGAGAAGGCAUAAUGGGUGAGGAACUUCUGAAAUCCAACCGAGGCACCACAGCUGGCAGUUCAGGAGAUGAAAUUGGAAAGGCUCUUGCCUCAAUUUACCCUUCGGACCACAACAGUAAUAACUUCUCCUCAGCUCCAUCUACUCCUGGAUCUCCUCAGGCUAUUGCAGGACCUCAGUCUCAGUGGCAAAGACCAACCACACCCAACUACGAAGGGCCACCACAUGCGCUGCAAAGUAAAAUGGAGGAUCGUUUGGAAGAGGCCAUCCACGUGCUCCGCAGCCAUGCUGUGGGCCAGGGCCCUGGCUUAGAGGGCGCCCACUCUGACAUGCACAGCCUGCUGUCCUCAGUACACAACGGGGGUCUCGGAGGCCUCUCUCCAGCUUUCCCCAAUGCUAGUCUUGCCCUCAGCAACAGACAUUCUGCAAUGGGAGGGAAACAUGAGGAACCCACAGGCCUUCCUCCCAGCAGCACUCUUCUGCACGGUCAUCACGCAUCUGGACCCACACCAGCAGUAAGCCAGCCAGAAGGCUUUACCAGUCUCCCAGGUGGUAUGGCUCGCUCCACACACUCCUCCAGCAGUUCAGAUAUCAAAAGAGAAGACAAAGAGGAUGAUGAAAACUCAUCUGUUGCAGACAAGUCAGAGGAGGAAAAGAAAGACCCCAAAGCAGCGCGCAGUCGAACAAGAAAGGAGGCGUUGACCCUCCAGAUGCUCUCUGGCCUUUCAGACCAGAAAGAUGACAGUCAGGACGAUGAUGAAGACAUUCCCCCUGAGGUGAAGAUGGAGCGUGAGAGGGAACGACGAGUGGCUAACAAUGCCCGUGAGCGCCUCAGAGUACGGGACAUCAACGAGGCAUUUAAGGAGCUUGGGAGGAUGUGCCAGCUGCACCUCAGUCAUGACAAACCUCAGACCAAACUUCUCAUCCUUCACCAAGCUGUUAAUGUCAUCCUCAAUUUAGAACAACAAGUCAGAGAGCGUAACCUUAACCCAAAAGCAGCAUGUUUAAAACGCCGUGAGGAAGAGAAAGUGUCUGGGGUGGUGGGUGAGGCACCCAUGCAGCUCUCAGGAGGCCAUCCUAGCAUGGGUGGAGAUGGCCACAAUCCAGUUGGCCACAUGUAACACCAGAUCUGGUGGUGUUUUCCUGGCUGUCACAGGAUGUGGCCUUAACAGAUUUCUUCCACCCGUUAUUCUCAAGUGUGUGUGUGUGUGUAUAUGUGGACAUGUCUGUGUAUUGUCCGUUCAAGUUUCAAGAUGCACAUUCACACUCGUACACACAUGCAUACUGCCAAAACUGACACAGCCUGUUUGUCGCACUCCCAACCAUGACUACAAGCUCAAAUGUGAAGAACUGUUUUUUUGGGUUUUUUUUUUUGCUUUUUUUCCCUCCCAAGGUUUACCUUUUUUUUUUUUAAACAUG